AUCGAUUCAUCAAAUUGGGGAAUUUGGAUAAGCCUCUCUGGUUCAGGGUUUUAGGGUUUUUGAAGCGACAAGUUUUACUCACUCAACUCUCACACUUCCGAAGGUAAGAUCCAAAACUCUGUGGAUUGAAAGCAGCCAUGGCAAGUUUGAUAAUGACUACACCAUUCCCAGGUUCGAUAACUUCAUGCAAGAAGACUAACAACCUUUCUGUUCAGAGAGCCUUUAGGGUGAAAUCUAUGCAGACAGAGAAACCUUUGGAGGAGCUAUACAAUGUUAAAGUGGAGCGGAAAGUUUCACAGAAACGGUUGGAGGAGCUCGGUGUUUCGAGAUGGUCGGUUUGGAAGACAGGUAAGUGCAAGUUGCCAUGGGAUUGGCAGGUGGAUCAGUUGGUUUACAUUGAAGAAGGAGAGGUUCGAGUUGUUCCCGAAGGAAGCAAGAGGUAUAUGCAGUUCUUAGCUGGAGAUCUUGUUCGGUAUCCUAAAUGGUUGGAAGCGGAUCUUUUCUUUAACGCUCCUUACAGUGAACGCUAUUGUUUCAAGGCCUAUGGUGAUGAUUGAUCCCGACUUAAGACUUUUGAGUUUAGAGACAAGAAACUUUACACCUGUGUGUUGUGUUGUAGCCUGAUGGAUCUUUUUGUGAUAAUAUAAGAAAGCAAGUUCUGGUUUUGUUCUGCA